AUGGCUGAGUUCGAUAAGCUGACCGAGGCUCCUGUGGAGUUUCUCAAAGAAGGUUCCCGGUUUGUUGCCAAGUGCACCAAGCCAUCCAAGAAGGAGUACCUGAGACUUGUUCGCGCCGUGGGGAUAGGCUUUUUGAUGAUGGGCGUUGUUGGAUACGCCAUCAAGCUAAUCCAUAUUCCAAUUAGAUACUUGAUUCCUCGUCCGUGUGUUCUGUCGUCGGGACGCACCUGGGCGUCGAUAGGUGCUUCAGCGUCAUCGCCGUUUUUGUGUCGUCGCCGUCGCGACUUUUUUCUCAUGAGUUUCUCUUCGCUUCUGACACAGAUCACCGGAAAGGGCACGCACGCUCCUUCUUCCGGAGCCAAACAGACACCGAACUUGUCUGUGAGCGCGUCUGUGCCGAAAUCGAGUGGCGAAGCGAGGAAAACGCCGACGACGGCCAAGAAACCCAGCCGGUCUCUCCUGACCACUCCGGCACCAGACCCGGCGGUGCAACGGCUCAAGGAGGCGAGACGACUAGAAAAGGAGAAGCAGGAGGAGCUUAAACGGCAAAAACGGCUCGAGAUGCUGAAGAAGCGCGACAGCGAGCGCGACAGACUCAGCAGACAGAAACCUGUGCCCAGCAAAGACACGGCGAAGAAGCCACCUGCUGCUCCGGCGCGGCCGCCGCUACCAAAAAUGUCGUUCAAGGAGCUGAUGUCGCGGGCGGAGACCGUCGACAAGAACAAGCUGGUUUACGCGCCGAUCAAGAUGGAGACGAAGAAGAAGGACGCCGGCAAGAGGCCCGAGAGGAAGUUUGCACAGCCUUCGCCGGCGCUGCUGGAGAAGCUGUCGAAGCGGGAGAAGCCGAACGCUGCGAAACGGGACAAGCAGUCGCUGCAGCGGAGCGCGCGCACAGACAGCUACGGCAUCGAGGCAGACUCUGGGGCCGAGGACGAGGACUCGUUCAUUGAGGACGAUAGUCUGGACGAUUUUGUUGUGGACGACCCGCGCGAGCGCCGACGCGACUAUAAUAGCGACGAAAUCUGGCAGCUGUUCAACAGAGGCAAGAAGCGGCAGUACGUCGACGUCGACGACGACGACAUGGAGGCCACGGGCGCCGACAUUCUCGAGGAGGAGGAGCGGGCGCUGCGGCAGGCACGGCUCGACGACAAGCGCGAGGAGUUGCUGGAGCGCAGGCUGAAGGAGGAGAAGCUCAAGCGCAAGAAGGUGUAA